AAUAACUCAUCACAUUGAAAAUUAAAAUAAGUUAAGAUGUAAUUUCCAGCGAUACUUUUUUUACUUUAAUUACAGUGACAUGGUCGAUUCACACCAGUUAUAUUUAAACCUUUAUGUUUGGCAAAAAGAUGGAGUUAUCCCGAGGUUUCCAGCUAAAAAUGUAAUAUUUUUUUGCGGUUCCUUAGAAAAGAGAUUUGCAGAUUUAUGCAGCAGACAAAAUGCAGAAAAUAAAGAGAAAUUAUAUCCUUUCUAUGGAGCUGAAACAUGAUAAUACUUUGCCGUUAUUAAUCCGAUAAAGGGAUAAAGAGCACUAUUGUGAAUCUAGCAUGUACGCUGAAAUUUAGGGCCCCUUUUUAAAUUACAUCGACAGUCUAUUAAACAGUUUUUUUUUAAAAAUAAAACUGCAGUGACAUUCAAUAAUUUAGUCGUAGAAUGAACCUUCUUCUUGUUUCUGCAAUCAGUUUGCAAAUCCAUUUCGCAUUUUCUUCCCAGCUCGCUGGUGUGGUAAUGUUGGACACUAUUACGUUUACAAAAAUGCUAUUCAAGUUUGAGUACACUGUAGUAAAAUUUGAUCUUUUCUACCCUGUAGGGGAUACGCAUAAAAACUUUGGGAAAGUAGCAAAACAGUUGGUCAUUGAGGAUGCAAUACUGAUGGCACAGGUUCAAGUUCGGGACUAUGGAGAGAAAACAAACAUGGAUUUAGCAAACAAUUAUGGUGUUCAGAUGGACAAAGUAACCGCACCAAUAACCAUUCUAUACUCUAGCUCUGGUGGAGAAAUAAAAGAAAUCCGCCGAUUAAAUGGAGAUUUUACAGAAGACGACCUUCGUGACUUUAUUUCAUCGGAAACAGGACUUUAUUUACAACGCCCAGGGUGUACUAGGGAACUAGAUGAAUUAUCCAGACAUUAUCUAGCUGCAGAUGCUCAGAGAAGAUCCCAGAUACUUGAUCUAGUUCAAUCCAUCCGUGAUUCUCAGGUUUACUUGAAGCUGAUGCAAGGUAUUGAGAAACAUGGAGAAGAAUAUCUUCAAGAUCAGCUGAUCAAAACACAGAAUAUGAUACAGCAAAAAAUGAGCGAGACAAGCAAGAAGAAACUGAUGGAAAAAAUUAAUGUUAUUAAUUCCUUUAAAAUAAAAUAAGCUUACUUUAAA